AGGGGGGAGCGUUCAUAAGUGGUAUCCCCCAUUUGUAGACUGAAGUGCUGAAGCUCAUUCUGCCACCUCAUUGUGUUGUGGAUGAAGAAGGAGACCUAAGCACAAAUCUCAUCCUUGCCCAGUCGAUGAAUUGUAACAAUCGCAGACCCAAAAUCUUGCAGCACUGAAGAGCCCCCCCCAUGACCAAGUGUUAUGAUGGAUAAGAUGGAAAAAUCAUGGUCUCUGUUGCUCCAGGGGGGCCGGUGACCUUUGAGGAUGUUGUUGUGUAUUUCACGGAGGGCCAGGGGGCUCUCCUGGAUCCAGAUCAAAGGGCCUUGUACAGAGAUGUCAUGAUGGAGAAUUAUGAAAACUUGGCCUCAUUGGGACACCCUCCUUUCACCCUCCUCAGGGGACCAAAGCGAUGUGUCCAAAUUGGAUUACAGGAAUUUGUCCCUAAACUGAUGGCAAACUCUGUUGUGAAAGGAUUUCUAGCGGCUAAGCCUGAUCUCAUCUCCCAGUUGGAGCAAGGGGAAGAGCCAUGGGUGGCAGCUUCUCAGGGCUUGGAUGAAACGGAGGACUCCAGCGCUGACUCAGCAGGUGAGUGUAAGCAAAAGGAAUUGGACACCAUGUGGGGGACACAUCUUACUCAGAAAUCCAACCUUCGUGAACAUCAACAACUCCACCCAGGAGAGAAACCCUAUAUAUGCUUGCAAUGUAGGAAAUGUUUUGCUCGGAAAUCACAUCUCAUGAUACACCAGAGAGUCCACACAGGAGAAAAACCGUUUAAAUGUCUGGAGUGUGGGAAAUGUUGUACUCAGCAGUCACAUCUUGUGACACACCAGAGAGUCCACACUGGAGAGAAACCAUAUAAAUGCAUGGAGUGUGGAAAAUGUUUUGCUUACAAAUGGCACCUUGUGACACACCAGAGAGUCCACACAGCAGAAAAACCCUAUGAAUGCUUGGAGUGUGGGAAAUGUUUUGCUUGGAAAUCAAUACUUGUGAACCAUGAGAGAGUCCACACAGGACAGAAACCCUUUAAAUGCUUGGAGUGUGGAAAAUGUUUUACUGGUUCCUCAGUCUUUGCAAGACAUCAGAGAGUCCAUACAGGAGAGAAACCCUUUAAAUGCUUGGAGUGUGGGAAAUGUUUUGCUGAUUAUGCCACCAUUGGAAGACACCAGAGAGUCCACACAAUAGAAAAACCAUAUAAAUGCUUGGAGUGUGGGAAACAUUUUGCUCAUUAUUCAACCUUUGUAAGCCACCAGAGAGUUCACACAGGAGAGAAACCAUAUAAAUGCAUGGCAUGUGGGAAAUGUUUUGCUCAGAAAUCAAAACUCAUGAACCACCAGACAGUCCACACAGGAGAGAAACUCUACGAAUGCUUGGAGUGUGGGAAACAUUUUGCUCAUUACUCAGCUUUUGUAAGCCACCAGAUAGUUCACACAGGAGAGAAACUCUAUGAAUGCUUGGUGUGUGGGAAAUGUUUUGCUCAGAUAUCAAAACUCAUGAACCACCAGAGAGUCCACACAGGAGAGAAAUUGUAUGAAUGCUUGGCAUGUGGGAAACGUUUCGCUCAAAAAUCAGUACUCAUGAACCACCAGAGAGUCCACACAGGAGAGAAACCAUAUGAAUGCUUGGCAUGUGGGAAAUGUUUUGCUCAGAAAUCAAAACUCAUGAACCACCAGAGGGUCCACACAGGAGAGAAACCGUAUGAAUGCUUGGCAUGUGGGAAAUGUUUUACUCAGAAAUCAGAUCUCAUCAUACACCAAAGAAUUCACACAGGAGAGAAACCCUUUAAAUGUCACGAGUGUGGCAGAUGUUUUGCACAGAAAUCAAAACUCAUGAACCACCAGAGAGUUCACACAGGAGAGAAACCUUAUAAGUGUUUGCAGUGUAGAAAAUGUUUUGCUCGGAAAUCACAUCUUAUGGUCCACCAAAGAAUCCACACAGGAGAGAAACCCUUUACAUGCAUUGAGUGUGGAAAAUGUUUUGCUCAGAAAUCUCAUCUCUUGAUGCAUCAGAGAGUCCACACACAAGGGACACUCUUUAAAUGCUUGGAAUGUGGGAAAUGUUUUGGUCAGAAAUCACACUUCGAGACACAUGUUUGCCCAGGACAGAAAUCCUAUAUAUGCUUGGCGUGUGGAAAAUGUUUUGCUCAGAAAUCAAACCUCAUGAUGCACCAGAGGGUCCACACAGGAGAGAAACCAUAUAAAUGCUUGGAGUGUGCCAAAUGUUUUGUGCAGAAAUCCAAACUCAUGAACCACCAAAUAGUCCACACAGGAGAGAAACCAUUUAAAUGCUUGGAGUGUGGCAAAUGUUUUGCUCAGAAAUCAGAUCUCACGAUGCACCAGAGACUCCACACAGGGGAGAAACCAUAUAAAUGCUUGGACUGUGGCAAAUGUUUUGCUCAGAAAUCAUAUCUCAUGAUACACCAGAGAGUCCACACAGGAGAGAAACCAUAUAAAUGCUUGGAAUGUGGAAAAUGUUUUGCUCAGAAAACAUACCUUGUGAUCCACCAGAGAGUCCACACAGGAGAGAAACCCUUUAAAUGCUUGGAGUGUGGGAAAUGUUUUGCGCAGAGAUCAAAACUUGUUAACCACCAGAGAAUUCACACAGGAGAGAAACCAUAUAAAUGUUUGGAGUGUGGAAAAUGUUUUGCUAGGAAAUCAUACCUCACGACCCACCAGAAAAUCCACACAGGAGAGAAAAUGUACAAAUGCUUGGAGUGUGAGAAAUGUUUUCCUUUGAAAUCAGUUCUUUACAGACACCAGACAAUCCACAUACAUAAGAAGCCUCAUGAAUAUUCCAUGCCUUUUCCUAUAGUAGAGAAUGAAGCAUCAUCUUAUCCAAGAGAGAUGUACGCCGGCCCAGCCUUUGAGAGAACUGAGCUGCCGCAUGAGAGAAUGAUACCUGCAUUUCAACCAAGAUUGCUUCCUCAAUCCAGGACAAGGCAACAAGUUGCAGAAGAAACAAGCCGGAGUUCGGUGACCUUUGAAGAUGUAGCUGUAUAUUUUACUGAGGGCCAGGGGGCACUUCUGGAUCCAGAUCAAAGGGCCUUGUACAGGGAUGUCAUGAUGGAGAACUAUGGGAACGUGGCCUCGCUGGGUUCUGCAUUAGCCAAACCUGAUCUCAUCUGCCGGCUGGAAAAACGGGAAGAGCCAUGGGUAACGGAUUCUCAGGACUUGGACAAAACUGAGAUUUCCAGCGCUGACUCAGCAGGUCAGUGCAGGAAAGAACAUUCAUACUCCAUGUGGGGAUUACAGUUUACUCAGAAAUCAAACCUUGCCAAACAUCAGCAAAUAGAUGCAAGAGAAAAAUCAUAUAAAUGCUUGGACUGUGGGAAAUGCUUUGCUCAGAAAUCAAAGCUCAUGAAGCACCAGAGAGUCCACACAGGAGUGAAACCAUUCAAAUGCUUGGAGUGCGGGAAAUGUUUUGCUUGGAAAUGGCCACUUGUGGUCCACCAGAGAGUCCACACAGGAGAGAAACCUUAUAAAUGUAUGGAGUGUGGGAUAUGCUUUGCUGAAAAAUCAAAGUUAAUGAGGCAUCAGAGAAUCCACACAGGAGAGAAACCAUGUAAGUGCUUGGAGUGUGGGAAAUAUCUUACUCAGAAAUCACAUCUUAUGACACACAAAAGAGUUUGCCCAGGAGAGAAAUCCCAUAAAUGCUUGGAGUGUGGCAAAUGUUUUGCUCAGAAAUCAGACCUCAUUCUCCACCAGAGAGUCCACACAGGAGAGAAACCCUUUAAAUGCUUGGAGUGUGGCAAAUGUUUUGCACAGAAAUCCAAACUCAUGAACCACCAGCGGAUCCACACAGGAGAGAAACCAUAUAAAUGCUUGAAGUGUGGCAAAUGUUUUGCUCAGAAAUCAUACCUCAUAAUGCACCAUAGAGUCCACACAGGAGAGAAACCCUUUAAAUGCUUGGACUGUGGCAAAUGUUUUGCUCAGAAAUCACAUCUCAUGAUCCACCAGAGAGUCCACACUGGAGAGAAACCUUUUAAAUGCCUGGAGUGUGGGAAAUGUUUUGCUGAUUCUUCAGCAUUUACAGGGCACCAAAGAGUCCACACCGGUGAGAAAACAUAUAAAUGCAUGCAAUGUGGGAAGUGUUUUGCUUGGAAAUCAAAUCUCAUGCUCCACCAGAGAGGCCACACAGUUGAGAAACCAUAUAAGUGUGUGGAGUGCGGGAACUGUUUUGCUCAGAAAUCACAUCUUAUUAAUCAUGAAAGAGCCCACAGAGGAGAAAAACUAUACAAAUGCUUGGAGUGUGGGAAAUGUUUUGCUUGGAAGUCACAUCUCGUUAACCAUGAGAGAGUCCAUGUGGGAGAUAAACCGCAUAAAUGUUUGGAGUGUGGGAAGUGUUUUGCUCAGAAAUCACAUCUCAUGAUCCACAAAAGAGUUCACACAGGAGAGAAACCCUUUAAAUGCUUGGAGUGUGGGAAGUGUUUUUCUCUGAAAUCCAGUCUUGUGGAACAUCAAAGAGUCCACACAGGAGAAAAACCCUAUAAAUGCAUGGAGUGUGGGAAGUGUUUUGCUCAUAAAUCAAAUCUUAUGAUACAUGUGAGAGUCCAUACAGGAAAGAAACCAUAUAAAUGCUUGGAGUGUGGGAAGUGUUUUACUGUGAAAUCCAGUCUCGUGAAGCACCAAAGAGCCCACACAGGAGAGAAACCCUAUAAAUGUUUGGAGUGUGGGAAGUGUUUUGCUUACAAAUCACAACACAUAACGCACCAAAGAGUCCACACAGGAGAAAAACCCUUUAAAUGCUUGGAGUGUGAGAAAUGUUUUGCUGAUUACUCAGCCUUUGGAAGACACCAGAGAGUCCAUACAGGAGAAAAACCAUAUAAAUGUUUGCAGUGUGGGAAAUGUUUUGCUCGAAAGUCGUAUCUCAUAAAUCACCAGAGAGUCCAUACAGGGAAGAAACCAUAUAAAUGCUUACAGUGUCGGAAAUGUUUUUCUUUGAAAUCAGCCCUUCUUAGACAUCAGACAGCCCACAUGGAUGAGAAACCUCUUGAAUAUUCUAAACUUUUUCCUGUGCAGUAGGGAAUGAAGCUUGUACUCUUCACAUCUGAGCAUUUGCAGCAUCUUAUCCAAGAGACAUGAAUUCCUGCCCAGCCUAUGGAAGAACUGAGCUGUAUGAGACAAUAGAGAUGCCACUUAGGAAAGAAUAGUGUCAGAGUGACUUACAUUGGAGGGAAAAGGCUUUGGCCCAGCAGGAACUGUUGUUGAUAAUGAAAGAAUUUCUGCAAAAGAACAGUCUUAUGAAUAUGGCAGAAACCUUGGCAAGAUGCAUGUAUGUAUAUAUACAAACUAUCAACGGUGUAUACUUGACUAGGUUGUAGACAUAAGGACACAAUAAGAGCUUGCUGGAUCAGGCCAGUGGCCCAUCUAGUCCAACAUCCUGUUCUCACAGUGGCCAAACAGACCAGGGAUGGGGAACCUCUGGCCCUUCACAUAUUGGACAACUCCCAUCAUCCCUGACCAUUGGCCAUGCUGACUCUAUUUCUUCUGUAAAUUUGGCAGUCAAUCUGGUCUAUGUAAUGUUGUUUAUGUAUUCACAGUGGUGAGAUAGAAGGUUGGCUAGGUUGGAAUUGGACUGUGAUGAGGUGGGCAGUCACAACAGGAAGGAGAAGUUGGACACUUUCUUUUAAGUGUAAAUACAAUAAAAUCCUUUUCAAAACUUUAAACACCUUUUAACAGCUUCUAAUUUUUUAAAAACCCAUCAACUGUUAGCUCUUGUCUAAAUAAGAAAUGGUAACAUAAUUCUUCCCUGGCCUGAGGAAGUAUUUUUACUUAAUUUUUGUUUGAUGGUUUAUUUUAUUUUGAAAAAAGUGUUGUUGUUUUUAUAAAUAUUUAUUA